AUGGCAUUAAAAGUGAUUUCGCUAUUUUUCGCAUGUUAUCUGCAAUUGUUGCUGCAUCAGCAAUAUCCAAAUUUGGUUGCUGGCGAAAGUGUUGAGAGUACAACGUCAUCAUUGCCAAAUAAUGGCUCUAAUAUUCCCAUAAUAAAGUAUCAAAUUACAAAUACGCCUAAUGUCGGCAAGAGGUUACUUCAGGAUGUGAUAAAUGGAACUACAGGCAAAGAAACUGGUGAUAAAGUGCAGAGUCGCAAAAUAACAAACACGGAAAAUGUACCAAAACCGACAGAAAUGCAAGACUCCUUAAAGGGAGAUAUUGUUGCACCAGGAUCAUCAAUAAAUUCCAAUCAAACCGGUCCAAAUUUAGUUGAGAUCGCACCAAGUAUAGUUGUAGAUAUGAAUACCCUUCAAUCUAAUAGAUCAAAUUCAAUUAAGUAUAAUGCCACUAAAAGUGACAACAUUACUACAGGUAAUCAAAACUAUACCAAUGAAGGCAUUUCCAUAAAUUCCACAAAAUCUUGGAAUUCAACAAGCGUAGUAAACAAAACUGUAACAACUACACUUGCACCCGCAGUUGCCAAAAAUGAUGUUGUUGCGCAUAUUGGUAAUGAUUCCCUCGAAGUAAGAUCUACAAAAAGCACAAUCACAAACACUACAACUACGACCAAAAUAAUGCCAACAACGACCAAAACAAAACCAACAACAACAACAACCACUACCACACCGAAACCCAAAAAACCAAGCAUAACAUUUGGAUUAGGCGAUUUUCCACAUUUGCCAGGAGAACCAUUUGUUAACAAUAAAAAGCCAGAAUCAUCUAGCUCUAAAUUACCAGAAUUAAGCGAGCCCGUCGUACUACCAGAUGCGCAGCCAUCACAAGAAUUAAACAACGGAUUCAAUUAUCACAGCAGCCGCGAUAUUAUUGUACCUAUUAUGACAGUCCUCUUCACAAUACCAUUGGCAAUAGGAGUGGUAAUUACCACUUACCGUCGCUUCCGCGAUUGUUGGUCAACGCGACAUUAUCGCCGAAUGGAUUUCUUGGUCGAUGGCAUGUACAACGAUUGA